UUAACUUGCCAUUCUCCUUCGCCUCCUCUUCUAGUCUUCUUAUGAUUAUUUUUCUUCCUCAUCUUGUUUUUUUUUUUUCAGACAAAAACCUAGAUAGCUAAACAUGCCUUGUUUGUUCAUCUUCAUAGCUUUGCUUCUAAGUUCUUGUAUUGGAACGUUGAAAGCCCUUGAUCAGACUUGUGGCAACAAAGUCGUGAACACAAUCGUCGUCGACCAAGCCGGUUCAGGUAAGUUCCGUACUGUUCAAGCUGCCAUUGAUUCGGUUGGUGAAUUGAAUUCUCUAUGGAUCAAAAUCAAAGUAAAACGAGGUGUUUACGUAGAGAAGGUGAUAAUACCAUAUAAUAAACCGUGCAUAAUAGUAGAAGGAGAGGGACAAAGAGUCACCACCAUCACGUAUAAUGGUCAUGCAGCCACUGACGUCAGCUCAACUUUCACUUCAUAUCCAUCCCAUAUUGUCGUCCGAAACUUAUCAAUCAUGAACACUUAUAAUCGUUUGACUAGUCUAACUAAAGCAAACGGUAUGAGUUGGGAUAUAAAGCCAGCGGUUGCGAUUUCGGUUUAUGGCGAUAAAUCAGCGUUUUACAACUGUGAUUUCUUGGGGUUGCAAGAUACAGUGUGGGAUAAUCUUGGCAGACAUCACUUCAAAAAUUGUUACAUCGAAGGUGCUAUCGAUUUCAUUUUUGGAAGUGGCCAAUCUGUUUACGAGGACUGUCAUAUAAACGCAACGGCAGGAGCAUUGGCAUCAAAAGUGUCGUUUGGGUACAUAACGGCUCAAGGAAGAAGUAGCGAUUCGGACCCAAGUGGGUUCGUGUUCCUACGAGGUAGUGUUUCAGGGAGCACCAGUGUCUAUCUUGGACGAGCCUAUGGUCCAUUCAGUCGAGUGAUAUUCAUCCAAACCGAUCUCUCUUCCGUCGUGCACCCUGAGGGUUGGUACUCUUGGCACUAUGGUGGAUACGAGAUGAGUUUCACGUAUGCAGAAGUUGAGUGUAAAGGAGCAGGAUCGGAUAUGUCACGAAGAGUUCCUUGGAUUGAUAAACUUCAUUCUUUUUACACUAAACAACAAUUCUCUAUCUCUAAUUUCAUUGACCAAGAUCAAUGGAUCUCUAAUAUUCCUCGUUUUUAAAUAAAUCACUUUCUCUUUUGUUAGAUUCUAG